AGGUGUGUGAUUGUGCCCUGCAAUGCGUUAGCACCCUGUCCAGGGUGUCCUGAGUUCCCUGGGAUAAGCUCUAGGCUCCCCACAACCUUGUGUAGGAUAAGCAGUAUGGAAAAUGGAUGGACAUACACUACCGGUCAAAAGUUUAGAUGCACUCAUUCUUUAUUUUUAUUCUUUUGCUCCACAUUUUAGAAUAAUAAUAUUUCACUGCAAGUCAUCCAUUAAAAAAAAAAUGUUUUUUUUUGUAAGUAAAAUAUUAGUUUUCUAAUGAAAGAAAUGAACAUGUUGGCACGAAUAUUUUUUUUUUCUACAACAUAAAUUUUAAACAUUUAAUUAUACACCUUCAGAUCAAAAGGUUUUUAAGAUCAUGAGAAACGUUUCAGUCGAGUGUCCACAAACUUUUGACCUGUAGUGUGCAUUCCUUAAGUACUAUAAAAAUCAGGAAGUCAUUAUGAAGUAAUUAAAGAAAGGAAGUUUUCCAGUGAAGGUGAAGUAAUGUUUUGGCUUUAAAUCUGCCAACAAGUGGACCAAGCUUUUAAUCCCACUGAUAGGAGUGCAUGAGUACACACACACUAAUCAAUUUAUAACCUUAGCCUAAGAUAACAGUGACCAACCUCAGUGUGCCUGUUUGGCUCUUUGAUGGCUUUAAGUUGAACAGGGUAAAUAUAUAUGUUUUUAAAUCUCAUAUAAUGACUAUAAAGUGAAAACAACUUGGGACAAGAUGAGAAGCAUACAUCCAAUUCGGCAAUAGGUCAAGCUGUGUAAGCACAAAAUUCACAAAAUUUUAUCAUUCAAUUAGCUUUUCUCUGAGUAUAACAAAUAAACAAAUUCUCUGUCAAUUGUUUGAGUUCAACAUUUGAGGCUGAAGGUUAGACGUUGUUUUUAGAAAUGGACAUUUAUGUGGAAUCGUUUCAUAAACACCAUAGCACCAGACCACAUUUGAAUACAGCUCAGGUUUGGUUUCCCUGGUAACGAACUCGUGACUAUCGGGAUUCUCCAGCAGGUGGCGCUGUUAACAUUAACGCUGCUGCUGCUGCUGUAAACUCACCACAGAAGAAGACGAGCUCCAGUUUCAUUUCUCUGAGUAAACAGUUUGUCACUGAGGUAAUCAUCUUCACGUUCAAACAUUAGACUGGAUUUUACUGUGACUUUGAUUAAAAAUAAUAUCUCGAGUCUGUGUUUGAAUAUAUUUCGGGAUUUGGUUUGAGUAAAACCCGUGUGGUGAAGCUAAAUGUCAACAACGUACAUGCAAACUCAUUUGUGAUUUAAGGUUUGUUUUUCCCCCUUACAAAAUGUUAAAACGUACACUGCUUAGUUUAGCAGUAGCUAACGUUCAUCUCAUCUGAUAUUAAAUGUAUUUAUUAAUUCUGGACUGUAAAUCUCCAAAGAAAUAAGGAGAAACUACUAUUUUUGAGGCUACUUAUUUACUUCCUUAUGUAUAAAUUCAUUCAUUCAGUCAUUCAUUUCAAAGAUAUAUAUAUAUAUAUAUUUUAUAUAAUUGCUUGUUUAUUGAAUGUGGUACAUUUAAAUACUUUUUGUUUCAGAAACCCAAAUGCAGAAACUCGCAAACUCAAAUGGUUUAAAACCAAUAUUACAAACUGAAUUAGUAAUGUAAAGGAAUAAUUCACAUAAAGUUAAUGAAAGAAAUGAAAUAAAUUUAGCUUUCCAUUUGACUUUUUGAUGAGUAAAGUUGGGUUCUGAGUUUAUCAAGUAACAUCUUUAUGUACACCACUGACUACACUUUAACAGUCUUGUAAAUAAAAUUUUAAAAAGCCUUGUAAUAAAUAAAUAAAUAAAUAAAUAAGGCAUGUAAUAUUGAGCGCUGUUUUUAUUUAGCAUCAGGUAAACAUUUGGUGUUUCUUAUUUGUCAUAAUAAUACAACCUUCUAAAGGUUAACACUUUUAAUUUCAUGUUUGAGUGACAUGUGUCUCGUCUGAAGUGUGUGAGGUUUAUAAGUUGUGGGGAAGUUCUGUAAAAAAUGCUAACAUACAGUAUCACAUUUGUUGAAUUUAAACAUCAGUCUUUGUCUAAAGAUAAACAGCUGAGAUGAAGUACACACUCGGGCUGUCUACACCCAGAAGUGGUGUCCUAGACCUGGGAAAGGCCUUGGUUUCUGCUGCUGCUUACAACAGAGGUUGUAGCAGCUUGGUGAGUUCCUUUGGCUUGUGGGUCUGGAGUCUUGGAAGGAAUCAUGAACUAAGCAUAUUUAGCAGCACAGAAACCAUUCCAGACCACAAGAGCUCCUAAUACAUGGGCUUUUUAUGGCCUGAGGUGGAAGCUAUUCCAUGAACUAUGUGCACCUUAUUGACUGGAUCUGGUGCACUUCUUAAUCAUUAUUCAGCCUCUGCUGAACAGAGACUGUUUUUAGUAAUCCUUAAGCAAGCAGCAACCUUUCUGGCUUGAUAAUAUGCAUUUGUUUUUUCAGAAUCAUAACCAUUUAUAAUGGAAUCAGCAGAAGACCACCUGGGCUCUUUCAGACACUCUCUACACACUCCUGCUUGCUCACAGCUUUUGGGGGAUGUGCAGACAGAAAUAGAUGGAGGGACGUCAAGCUCUUUGGGAGAAAUCACCCCUGUGGACCAUCAGAAACGUGUAAAGAAGGAAGAACCUGCAGAUGAAGACUACCUCUGUGGAGGGACAUCCAGCUCUGUAGGACACAUCAAACCUGUUGACAAGCAGAAACACAUAAAGAAGGAAGAACCCGAAGAUGAAAUCAGUCUCUAUGAAGAAACAACCAUGGGACAAAUUACCCCCGUGGACCAACAGAACGAAGGAUUUCAAAGAAAGCACAUAAAAGAGGAAGAGUCUGAAGAUGAAGGCUACGUCUGUACAACUACAGUCUGCAAAAUGAACGAUGAAGUCUUCACCUGCUCCUGGUGUUCACGUUACUAUGCAUCUCAAAUGUACCUCCACAAACACAUCAGAAGAUGCCACUAUGAGCAAUAUAAAACACUGACAAAAUCAGGAGCGAUGCAAUAUGAGAAUUUGACACCUACAAGCAGCUCCAGUAUUCAGCAAACAAUCUUUGGUAGUCUGAACAGUAACACAUCUGAUCAAGUGCAGAAAGAAGUCUAUCCCUGCCCACAGUGUGGAAAGAGUUUUGCCCAACAGAGCAAUCUCCAAACACAUCAGUGCAUUCACACGGGAGAGAAGCCAUAUUGCUGCUCACAGUGUGGGAAGAGUUUUGGUCGACAGAGUACUCUCCAGCAACAUCAGCACAUUCACACAGGAGAGAAACCGUACCACUGCUCAGAGUGUGGGAAACGUUUUAUUCGACAACGUGAUCUGGAAACACACCAGCGCGUUCACACAGGAGAGCGGCCGUUUCAUUGCUCACAGUGUGGGAAGAACUUUAUAACCAAAAGGUAUCUGAAAGCACACCAGGUCAUUCACAAAGGAGAGAAGCCGUAUCACUGCUCAGAGUGUGGGAAGAGUUUUAUUCGACGGUCAAACCUCCUAAUACACUGGCGCAGUCACACAGGAGAAAAGCCAUAUUGCUGCACAGUGUGUGGGAAAAGUUUUUCCCAACAGAAUUCUCUCCAACAACACCAGCGCAUUCAUAUAGCUGAGAAGCCAAUUCAGUGUUCUCAGUGUGGACAGAGAUUUACUUAUUCAGGUGCAUUUAAAGUACACAAAUGCCCCAACAUAGAGCCAUCAACUUGUGAUGCAUGACAGACAUCAAGGAAUUUUAUUACAAAGCCAGUUUAUGCUAGUAUGAUUUGUGUGAACUAGCAAGGUGUGUGUAUAUAUAAUAUAUAUUUAAUAUAUAUAAAUUACUAAUUACUAUUAGGGGAAAUAAAUAAGUAUUAAUUGUUCCGACUUUUGUUUUUGUUAUUUAAUAUAUGUCCAGUACAUAUAUCAACUUAAAAUUUACACGUUGUACUAUACAUCUGAACAAAAUCCUAUGUAACCAUGAACAAGAAGACACAAAUCAGUAACUUAUUUAAUGAGUUAUUUUGUCUGUAUUUUUGGGGUUGUUGUCUUGAUAAAAUGUCUAUAUUCUCUCCAGAUUAAGCGUCUUUGCCAAUGACUUUGAAUUCUCCUCUAAUACAGUCAUGUGAAAAAAUAAUAUUCCAUGGAUAAAUUGUAGGCUUUUCUUUUGUUCCCCAACAUAUUUGGACAAGCAAACAUUUGAUCUUUGAAACAGUGCAUAUUAAUAAAGCUGAUAUAAAACCACAAGGAAAAUGAGCUUUUUCAAUCAUUUAUUCAACAGAAAUAUCUGUAGAAAAAGUAAGUACACCCUUGGCCUCAGAAGCUAGUAUUUCCCCCUUUAGUGGAAAUAUCUUCUUGUAGGCGUUUUGCAUAAUUGUCCACCAGGCUUGCUGGAAUUUUUGACCAGUCUUCCAUGCAAUAUUCUUUCAGUUGCAAGAUGUUUGAGGGUUUUCUUGCAUGUUCCGCCAGUUUCAAAUCCCCCACAUACCCCAACAUUUCAAUGAGAUUCAAAUCUGGGCUUUGACUAGACCAUUCCAUAACCCUCCAUUUCUUCUUUUUGAG